AGGCAGUCGAGAAGCAGCAUUUACCUAUGCAAUCACGGCGGCGGGGGUGGCCCAUGCCAUCACAGCGGCGUGCAGCCAGGGCAACUUGAGCCAGUGUGGCUGCGACCGUGAGAAGCAGGGCUAUUAUAACCAGGAGCAAGGUUGGAAGUGGGGAGGCUGCUCAGCCGACAUCAAGUAUGGCAUCGAGUUCUCACGCCGCUUUGUGGAUGCUCGUGAGAUUAAAAAGACUCCUCGUCGCCUGAUGAACCUGCAUAACAAUGAGGCAGGCAGAAAGGU